AACUUUUGUUUCAUAUGAGGCAAACCGUCUACUUUAUGGUCCACUUUUAUCUUUAAAGGUGAUUUAGAAGAAAGCCUAGAGAGAAAUUUUAAGUUAUUCGUUCAAGUCGGAAAUUUCGAAAAACUGUAACUCGUAUUUGGAGCUAAUCUAAAACUGUAAUUUACAGUUAAAAACGUGAAUCUGGCAAUAUUGCCUAUAGCAAAUAUACAUUCUAUUCCUCGCACAUCGCAGUAUUAAAACUAAUAACGUUUCGCCAGCGACUCUUUAUCACAUUUGUUAGAGAGCCUUGUCACACUCUUAUGUCCAAGCUUUUGCAGUUAAAGUAGCUUUUGCUGCAGCGCCUGAAAGCGUACAUUCAUCUUCCGCAAGCCCGUCAGUUGAACUUGUGUUAUCGUGUGCUGUGUGCAAGGCAAAGGUACGGUGCGCGCACAUCGUUGCGAGUAGAACCAUCGCCAUAAGGCGAAAUAUGAGACUUGGUUGCUAGUAAAGGCAAUUCUAAAGGAAGGAAGGAAAAGAAGAAAUUACGAAAGCAACAUAGUGACAAAAGAGCGCAAUUUGCACGUACUAAGGAGUAAUCAUUUUUGUGGAAUCCUCCAGCUAGCAGUUCUUGUAUGUACAUGCUCUUGUUAUUGUUCUACUGCCUUAUAUAUUUAUACGACUUCGAUUGAAUGGGCACACACGCUCCUGCCAUUAGCUGCUGCCUAGAUUGUACUAUAUAAUUUAUGCAUAUAUGUAUGUAACUACCCGCACAAUAAGAUGACGAUACAUUAAUAAGUAAGAUUCGGUGAAAAGCGAUUGAGAUAAAAUGUAACGAUUUUCACACGUGGGCGUUGGGUUCGAUUAGAAAAUCGCAUAAAGCUUCAAUAGACGCUUUGGUUGAAAUUUUAAGCGCUCGUGGUGUUUACCACAGCAAAUUAGCGUCGAGAUAUUACGUAGGUUGCGGUGGUUCAAUGUCCGCUAAUUGAAUUACAUACAUACAUACGUAUAUCGUUGCGACCGACAAAAGCCUAUUCACUGCCACUGUAUGGCUUCCUUGUAAUUUUGUGCGCAGCAGCAUUAUCGAACAAUACCCGUACUUAUGCAUGUGUGUUGGGGAAAUAGCGCUGCGCCUAAUGUUAUAGAAACUGAAGAAUUAUUUACACAAUAAACGACCAUCAGCCAGCGAGGUUCUACUACACUUGCUCAAAGUGUUUUUGUUAAGAAAUAUUUGGUUUGAAAUUAGUUGGUGGAUAAAAUGGAGUAUAUUUUCGAUUGUUUCUUCGAAAAUACUUUCGACAAAAUCACACGCAAUGGCUUGCAGGAUCGCUCAUCGCGGCGAGAUGUAUUGGAUCACUUGAAUGCUUUUAUUGGCGGUUGCAGUGAUGGUCAAAACAUGCACACAGAGGAGGUGGCAAAAUUUGCUGUAUUGGCUGCUGUGCGUUAUCACCGCGAAAAAAAGGACGGGAAUGGUGAUGUCUGCCUUAUGGGAAAAUUUCAUAAUAUUCUAUACAUUGCGCUGCGCACUUGCUGGGAUUGGGGUGUACGAGAUUCAGCUGUUGUGGUUUUGUUAUUGGAGGAAAUCUAUUCAUGCGAAAAAACUUUUGAACGCAUCUUUUUAGGCGCUUUAUUCGGGCCACAUGCACCACACUUUAUAGCCGGCUGGCGCAGUGACUUUCGUGAUCAGGAUGAAAACACGCGAGCCAUGGUUUACUUUUUGCAUCAUGCCACAUCACUCAGCAUGCAACUGCCUGUGUGGAUCGCACGCUUCGAGCAGGAACGUAUGAUAAAAUUCAUUGACAUUCCAAUCGAGUCGUGCGGCCGCUCAUCACCAUUACGUGUUGCCUUACAGGCGAGUGCGCCUGACCUGCUACUAAUUUUAUUAAGAUAUGGCGCCCAUCCACAUCCACCAGAUGGUGGUGCCUCCGUCGUCCAUGCAUUGCUUGAAAAACUCAUAGAGAACGGCCGUAAUUACGUUUUACAAAAUGUGUCGUGCUUGCAAAUUCUACUACGCAACAUACCAAUGAUCGAAAUGCCAUACAAGCCAAUUAUCUACAGUGCCCGCCGUGAGCUGUUUUUCGAGAAAUAUGGCCGCCUCUUAAUUGAUCAUAUCAUCACCAAGGAACAGGUGUAUGGUGUUGUAUCCUUGCGGCAUUUGUGUCGAUGCCGCAUACGUGACUUACUGCGCCAAAAUUGCCAACUACCCGGCGGCAUCGAUACUUUGCGGCUGCCACGACGCCUACAGCGCUAUAUCGACCUUAUGGAAGAGCUCGAAGGGCCACAGAAAGAGAACGAUGCCGAAAAUAAUGCAGCGUUAGAAAAGCUACAAGCCUUUGGUGGUGGCGUCAAUGGUGCCAAGAAGCGUGUACAUUUUGCUGAGUCCAAGGAUGAGGAGCAGUCUUCUGUGGAUAUAGAAGUGGGCGUUGAAGUGGACGAGAGUCUAUUGGUGGAUGGCGGCGAACCGCCAAACGAACAGCAAUCAAUAAUAGUGGUAGGCGAUUUGGCAACAGUGUUUGAAGAAGAUUCAGCGGAAGUUGUGGAAGAGCAGUUAGAGAUGGAAAAUCGGUUGGAGAGGCCCGUAGUGGUAGACAUUAUCAGUUCAACGCAGGUGCAGCUGAAUGCCACAGAUAGUGCCAGUUGCAGCAGUGACAGCAACGACAGCAACGACGAUGACGGCGUGACGAUGCAGUGCAGUAGCGGCGCCAACAACACCAACGCCGACGCAAAUACCUAUGGCAACAGCAACAGCGAAAACUGUGAUAUUGAAGUCAAGGUCAGCGAAUGCACUGAACGCCAGCUUAGCUAGCCAACAUUCUCAAAAUAAAUAUAAAAAGUAUGUGUUUGCAAGUUGUGUUCAACACAAUAAUCUACAAACAAGUCAACAAACAGGGUGAAUAAGACUUAUCUUUCUACAUCAGUUUGCUGCUCAUUGCAGCUCAACAACUAAAUAAGUAAAUAGCCAGCAUUGUGUGUAAUUGUAUUAUUCUCGUUUCGCUUGAAAUAGGUUUAUCUAUUAAGUAUGUAUGUAAGAAUGUAAGCUUAAAAGUAGUAUGUAUGUAAUGCAUGGAUUACAUUUUAGAUUAAAUGAAAAAAUAAGAAAAUCACUGUGUGUCACUCACCGAUAAG